GUGUGCUGUUGCUCGAGCCUCUUUCCCCGCUUGUCUUUGUUUCGUACUCUUUUGUUAGCCAUGCCGAGCCUGCUGGUUCUAGCAGGGAUCAUGGAAAAGAACGGGGAGCUGGCCGUCUCCGGCUUCGGAAGCGAGGGGCUGCAUGUGCCGCCCGACGAAGAGGAGGACGACUCCCGGGCUCUGAGGGUCGCGCUGGGUCAGUUGUCUCUGCUGGGUCUCGGGGAAGCUGAGGACGGCGGCAGCGGGUCUCCCGCACCCGGAUCGCAGGAUCGGAGUAACAACAAUAACCAUCACGGCAGCAUCGGAGGAGGGAGCGCCGGGGACACGGGGCUUUUGACUGGAAAGAACAAGUUGUGCGUCCUGUACGAAGCUCCCACGUCUGAAACGAAAGGACGCGGCUCUAAUAUAACCGAAUGCGUCCCCGUGCCCAGUUCUGAACAUGUGGCCGAAAUAGUAGGGAGACAAGGCUGCAAGAUCAAGGCCCUGAGGGCCAAGACCAACACCUACAUCAAGACGCCGGUGCGGGGCGAGGAGCCCGUGUUCCUGAUCACCGGCCGCAAGGAGGACGUGGCGCUGGCCCGGCGCGAGAUCAUCUCGGCGGCCGAGCACUUCUCCAUGCUCCGCGCCUCCCGCAACAAGCUCGGCGGCUCCUUCAACGGGUCCCCGCCCGCCCCGCUGCCGGGCCAGACCACCAUCCAGGUGCGCGUGCCGUACCGCGUGGUGGGGCUGGUGGUCGGGCCCAAGGGCUCCACCAUCAAGCGCAUCCAGCAGCAGACCUGCACCUACAUCGUGACGCCCAGCCGCGACCGCGACCCCGUGUUCGAGAUCACGGGCUCCCCGGGCAACGCCGAGCGCGCCCGCGAGGAGAUCGAGUCGCACAUCGCCUUCCGCACCGGCGGCCUGCACGACCUCAACAACGAGAACGACUGCCUGGGGUCGGAGGGCGCCGGCGGGAACGGCGGGAUGGAGGGCGGGCGGCUGGGGCCGGCGUGGGGCGGCGGGGAGGGGGGCGGGGGGGGCGGCCCGCGCAAACCGCUCGCCAGCAGCUUCCGCCAGAACUUCUCCGACGCGCUGGUGCCCGGCGGCGGCGGCGUGGGCCUCUACGGCAAGAGCGACUUCCCCUCCGCCGGCCAGAAGACGUCCUACAUCGGCCUGGACGGCGCCCCCUGCUGGGGCGGGGACCCGCAGCCCGACUUCCCCAAACAGGCGCCCGCCUACUACACCCAGCAGCGCUCCAAGAGCUUCGGCGGGCUGCCGCUGCCCCUGGCGCGCCUCUCCCCGGGCCUGGGGGAGCCCUGCGGCUCGGCCCCGCCCCUCGGCCACGCCCAGGCGCGCCGCGCCCACAGCGAGCCCAUCGCGGCCAGCCUGGGGUUCCCCGCGCGGCUGGCGGGGGCGGGGCAGGGCGAGGGCCCUCCCGGCGGCGGCCUGCGGGAGUGCAUGACGUGCUUCGAGAGCAAGGUGGCGGCCGCCCUGGUGCCCUGCGGACACAACCUCUUCUGCAUGGAGUGCGCCAUCCGCAUCUGCGAGCUGGGCCAGCCGGAGUGCCCCUUCUGCCACGCGCCCGUCACUCAGGCCAUCCGAAUAUUCUCCUAG